AAACUCACUAUGAAGUUGUAGCCACACCUACACUCUAGCUAACUCAUCAGGUCCAGUUACACACGGUGACUUUUUGUUUAGUAUAUGGGAGGGUAAAACACGAGAAUAGCUACUCACCCUGCUGAUAUCCGACGCACUCCUGCAGUCUUCUUUCACUUUCGGUACCAGCGAGAGGUUGAAGGAGGAAGACAGAGAGAGGAAGACAGAGAGAGGAAGACAGAGAGAGGAAGACAUAAAGCCCGACACUCACAGCUGAAUUAUACAUACAGACCCCGAGUGUUGAAUUUGAUUAAAAACUUUCAGAUGUGGUUGUGUUUGCGGUUGAGCACAAGAAUAAAAGGAAAGUCCUAAAAAGUUACCUAGAGACAAAUUGUGACUCCAAGGAGAAUCAAAAUGAGCAUUCAGGGACAGGAACAGGUGGAGAAGAAGUACAACCCUCUAGAUAGCACCCUGAAGAUUGUCAAGAGGAAGGACGACUUGGAUCCCAUGUGUGAUGAUGAUGAUGACUGUCUCAGAGCAGAGAUGUCCUGCGGCCACGCUGUCACUCCGGACUCUCUCACACAAUGGUGUCGCAGCCAGCUGGAUGAGGGUAAUUACAAAUUCAGAUGCCCUGCAGUGGUGGAGGGGACCACACAGUGUAAUAAACUGUGGUCGUACCAAGAGGUGCGCAGACUUGCAGACUUGUCUGUAGAGGAAAUGGAGCAUUUUGAAGAGACCAUGGCUCGCCUUGCUGCUGCACAAUACUGUGAAAUUCAGCCAUGCCCAAAGUGCAAAACGAGUGUGGAGAGGAAGGAUCUGUCCAACCUGUGUGCGCGGUGCCCCAUAUGCACAGCUGAUCAGAAGAAGUCCUACCAGUUCUGCUGGCAGUGUCAGAGGCAGUGGAAAGGUGCAGCUCCACGCUCUGACCGCUGCGACAAUGACGGCUGCAUCAACGGGGACCUGCAGCUUCUGCAGACAUGUAAGACCACCAGUCUGCCCGCGGUGGAGGGGGUCACCGACUGCCCUUCUGUCCGAGUCUGUCCUACAUGCGGCAUGAAGGUGGAACAUAACCGACAAUACUGCAAAAAUAUCAACUGUCCUCGCUGCCACAUGGAGUUCUGUUUUGUCUGCCUGAAACUAAAGCGUGAAUGUUGUAAGACCAGUUCGCCAUAUAAAAUCUGUCCUAGUGGUGUGGCUCCUAGACAGACCUCUAUCCCUGUGUGGCAGAAGAAGUGAAAUAAAUGGAUCUGUCUGUACUAAAUGAACAAUUCAGCAAUAUGUUUAAAGGUAUUAAUAUUAUAUUACCUUGUAAACUGUUUCGUUAAUAUCUUAUUGGAAUACUGUAAUGUUACGACUUCAAUAGACCAGGAACAUAUUUUUUAAUUGUGGGCCUACUUUGCCACCUUCUGGCUGACUUUAAAAUUGUACAUGAAAAGAAGGUCUGAUAUUUUGGACUUUGGAGUGUGAAUGCCAAUUAACCAAUCAAGCACAUGUAUGUGGCUACUGAUACUGUUACUAAUAAUAAGUGCUAUAUCUACAAAGUGAAAAAGCUUUUUGAAAAAGUUCAUUUAGAUUUCAGACACUAUUUAGAAACCUUAUUAUUACUUUUAAAAUAUUUUAUUUUUAUUGACAUUUACAAAGUUGUUACUAUUAUAACCCAACAAAGUAUUUGCAAUUACAGUUUUCCUUUCAGCUAAUUGCAGCUUCAUGUAGUUGAAAAAGAAAAUAUGAAACAUGAAAAAUACAGCUAUUAUUCAAAUAAUAAAUAUUGGUUUGUAUUUAGAUUACAUUAGAUUAUAGUUGGUAUAUACUUAAUUUACAUUUGAUUAUUGAU